GUUAACUUGCAAGUUGCUUUCCCCACCAAUUUCCUUCCCUACUUCGCAACCAGAUAUAAACAAUGAAAUAAUAAUUCCUUCCCCACUUCCCUGACAAAAGUGCGCAAUCACAAAAAAAAACUAAGCUAAAAACCCAUAUAAAAAAAAAAAGAUAACAAGAGGAAGAAACUUUCGAAGUACCCAAUACUCCAAGAGAGGGCGAACUUCAGUUUCUCUCUCCUCAAAAUCCUAAUUCUCUCUCAUCACGAUCGUAGAGUCUCUGAUUUUCACUGUAUAAAUCUAUUCAAACAAUUUUCUCUUUCCUAUUAUUUCAAUUUUGGUUUGCUAAUUCAAGGUGAAUCAAAUGUCGUCAAAUAUGUUUUCCAGACUUUUUGGUGCUAAAUCUCGUGAUGCAGCUACUACUGAGACUACUUUAUCUACAUUAGAGAAAUUGAAUGAGACACUUGAAAUGCUAGAGAAGAAAGAGCAGCUUCUAAUGAAAAAGGCUACUGCAGAGGUUGAAAAGGCCAAAGAGUUCACAAGAGCAAAGAAUAAACGUGCUGCGAUACAAUGUUUAAAGAGGAAGAGGUUAUACGAACAGCAAGUCGAGCAGGUUGGGAAUUUUCAACUACGAAUUCAUGAUCAGAUCAUAAUGCUUGAUUCUGCAAAAGCAACGACAGAGACAGUUGCUGCAUUGAGAUCUGGUGCUAGUGCUAUGAAGGCUAUGCAGAAAGCAACAAACAUUGAUGAUGUGGACAAGACAAUGGAUGAGAUCAAUGAGCAGACCGAUAACUUGAGACAGAUACAGGAGGCACUAGCUACUCCUGUUGGUGCAACUGAUUUUGAUGAGGAUGAAUUGGAAGCUGAGCUUGAAGAACUUGAAGGAGCUGAGUUGGAGGAACAACUUCUACAACCAUUUACAACUGCCCCUACGGCACCAAUUCAUGUUCCAGAAGGCAAGCUGCCAGCAAGGCCAACACCCCAAAAGAACUCCGAGGAAGAUGAACUCGCUGCGUUACAAGCAGAAAUGGCACUUUGAAGGCUUUUCUUUUUUCAUGUUUAUAAUCAUGUCCCAAAGAAAUGGAAACGGCUGGAAAAAGGAAAAGGCAAAGGAAAAGAAAAGGAAAAGAAAAAGAUUGAAAAUCUUUAUUGAUUGAUGGUGGUAUAUUUAAGUAUUGAGUGUUGAUAGCAUCUUGUUGUCAUGUACUAUAUGCCUAUAUGGAGUACCUGUUAUUUAUUGGUAAUGUUAAUGCAAAUAUUGUCUAUACCAUUGAUGAACAAAGAUGGGGCUGUAAACUCUUGGUUGUUUUUUCGUUUUUCAAUUUUUUGUUUUCGUUUUUAUUUUUCAGUCACCUACUGGUUCUAGUGACUGGUGACAAUUGCUGUACAGAGAUUUUGUUGCACUUGAGCUGCUGGUCAACAGACUAUGCAGACUGUCAGAUUUAUAAAAUCAGAAAGCUGGCAGUUUGUUGUCGUAUUA